AUGGCGAAGACACGUCCCAACUUUCUCGUCAUCGUCGCCGACGACCUCGGCUUCAGCGACUGUGGAUGCUUUGGAUCCGAGAUCCAGACUCCCAACAUCGACGCCCUGGCAGCAGAAGCCAACGGUAUCCGCUUCACAAACUAUCAUGUAGCGGCGGCUUGCUCUCCCACGCGUUCAAUGCUGAUGACCGGCACGGAUCAUCACAUUGCGGGAUUGGGAGAGCUUGCAGAGUUUACGCGGAGCUCUGUUGCCCAUCAGGGACAGCCGGGACAUGAGGGGUACCUGAAUGAGCGUGUGGUUGCUCUUCCCGAGCUCCUUAAGGAUGGCGGCUAUCACACGAUGAUGGCUGGAAAGUGGCAUCUCGGAUUGAAGCCCCAGCAUCAUCCAAUUGCUCGCGGGUUUGUUCGCUCCUUUGCCCUGCUCCCAGGCUGUGCGAAUCAUUACGGUUACGAGCCCCAGUAUGAAGAUCCCGACAACGAGCCGCACAAAUUCUUCGAGACGGCCACCCGAGCGCUGCAUGUCGAGGACGACAAGUUUGUUGAGAAGUUGCCAGACGACUUCUACUCCUCAGAUGCCUAUGGCAACAAGAUAAUUGAAUACCUCUCAUCGCGAACCGAAGAAGAGAAGCAAAAGCCAUUCUUUGCAUACCUGCCAUUCUCUGCGCCCCAUUGGCCUCUUCAGGCUCCAAAGGAGAUAGCCGACAAGUACAAGGGCCAAUAUUCGGACGGACCGCAGGCUUUGAGACUCAAGCGACUCCAGCGAUUAAAGGACAUGGGUCUCGUAGACCAAGACGUCCAACCUCAUCCCGUGGUUCAGUGCCCAGGCGAACCCGGCCAGUGGGAAGACAUGCCCAAAGAUGUGCAGGAGAAAUCAGCCCGCGCAAUGGAAGUCUACGCUGGCAUGGUCGAUCGAAUGGACUGGAAUAUCGGUAGAGUUCUUGAGUACCUGAGAUUGACCGGAGAGUAUGAUAACACCUUCAUUCUCUUCAUGUCUGACAACGGAGCUGAGGGCGCCUCGUACGAGGCUCUGCCAAUCCUCGGAGACGACGUUGUCGCUCACAUCGCCAAGUAUUACAACAACGAAUUAGAUAACAUUGGCCGAGGCGAUUCUUUUGUGUGGUACGGCUCCCAGUGGGCACAGGCUGCCACCGCUCCAUCUCGGCUGUUCAAGCAGUACUCUACCGAGGGAGGCUGCCGAGUGCCGCUGGUGAUCCGGCCCCCACCUAAGCGAUCAGACACAGCUUCAGCCGUCACCAACGCCUACUGCACAGUCAUGGACAUUGUUCCCACAUUCCUCGAGCUCGCUGGCCUGAAACACCCGGGCACGAGCUACAAAGGGAGGGAGAUUGCACCGCUUCGAGGCAAGAGCUGGCAGCAUUUCAUCUCAGCCCUUGAGUCGAAAGCCCCCAGCUCUACCGACGAGGACUUUAUGAUUCACGGGGAAGAAUACGUGACGGGCUUUGAGAUCAGCGGGUCAGGCGCCUUAAGAAAAGGCCACUACAAACUGGUCUUUGUCCCAGCUCCCCGAGGACCCCAAAAGUGGGAACUCUUCAAUGUCAAGGAGGACCCAGGUGAGACCAAGGACUUGAGGGAAGCGGAGCCAGAGCGGUUCGAUGAGAUGAUGAAGCUCUGGGAGGAGUACAAGAAGGAUGUGGGUGUGAUUGGUGUGGCGGGAGAGUACCCUGAGGCUAUCCUCGGCAGAACUGUUCCCAUUAAGGAUGAGCUCCAUCAGUCGACUCUUCCUGAUAAACUCCAUCUUAAGACACUCGCCGAAUCCUACUUUAACCACGUCCAUCCCCUUCGAAACCUUGGAUUUAUCCACAAACCCUCGUUCAUGAAGGCCAUCGACCAGGAUACGACUGUGGCUGAAUAUGGGGAGGCUGUGGUGUAUCUUGCUAUGGUGCUGUACGCUGAAUACGGGCUUAGAAUCGGCGAUAAUGCGUUUGUGUACAUGCUUGUUGGAAGCUGCACUCGCAUGAGCCGGCUAUUACGACUCGACACUGAAGAUCCCCAAGGGGAGUCAAAUCCCCUUUCACCGCAGCAGUUGACAAAAAGAGAGUCAAUAAGAAGACUCAUGUGGUCUUGCUAUAUCCUCGACUCAUUUGUGGGCGCCGGCGUCGACGGAAACCUAAGCUGGGCCGCAAGCGUGCCACCUCUGCCCCUUGUUUGUUCAGAAAAGGACUUUCUGUAUCAAGAAAAGUCAAGUCCAGUAUAUGCUGAGGUCGACAAAUGGGUACCUAUGCUCCGUACCACUAGCUUGGGGGGCAAUAUCUGCAGAGUCAUCUACUUCAGGACCCAGGUUCUCCGGCAAGACCGACAAAAACCCACCGCUUGCAGCAAGUGUGCUAACGAGAAGGCAUCUAGGCACAUACGUAAUUACGACAUACAAAAUACCUCACAGCUAGCCCCAUGCGACGAAAGCUCGACUUUUCUACAGCUCUUAAGUCUACUUGCAGCUUGGUAUGAGAAACUACCUGACUUUCUGGUCUUCAACGACAUCAACAUCUACAUUCACAAGGAGCAACACACCCUUGGGCCAUACUUCUUCCUUCACCUUGCCUAUCAUGCAUGCGUGUUUGAUCUUACAAGAGUUACGCUCCCCGGCUAUAGCUUCCCCCUAUCUGCUGCGUUCUUCCAGGUUUCCGAGGAGUUCACUCUCAAGUAUCGUCACGAGGCUUGGUACCAUGCUUGCUGCGUCUCAAAGCUGCUAGAAACGGGGCUGAAGUGCAGUACUGAAACCUUGGAUGAUCAUUUCACAUCAACUGCGGCGUUUGAGUCCACGAAGAUUCAAGUCAUAUAUCUUACUACUAUGGCAAACGGGUCUUCGAGACUCUACAACGAAGGCAUGGCCAACAUAAACACCAAUCUCAGAGUCCUCACCGUAGCCCAUCCUUAUCCAGACAUGCCCAACCUCUCAGCACUCGUCCCGUUUUUGCAUCGGUUCGGCUUCUCAGAUAUCGCGAUGUACUGGCAGCCCUUCCAGAACACCGUCCUGAUCGCCCCGUCGCAAUCGGCAGAAGAUAGCUCCGAAGUAGUUGGUCCUGUGGAGACGGCGUUCCUCAACCAGAUCGCAACGUUUCGUCUCGCCCGUCGAGAAAUCACAGACGAAGAGAGGAGGACAGGCACAUGCACACCCUGGAGUUUCUCGUCAGCUCCGCCUAGUCCUCGACCCGAACGACCCAGACUCGCACAAACUCUGGGACCUCCCUCGCAGCCGUUUGAAGAAUCAGGUCUUCACAUGCUCGCGCUUGCUGGCCAGUCCCAGAGCGAGGCUGUGGCAAGCCAACUGCUUCCUAUCAUGAUGCCUGGGCCGGAAUCAGCCGUGGAUGCAACGCAGGGUCUGCCUUUAGACCAACAGCAGUAUUUCCGCAUGGCAGAGGAGAUCAGCGACUACAUGACGUGGGAUAUUGCUCUAGCUUCUCAGUUUGACUUUCCGAUGGAAGACUUCUUCUCGACUCCACGGCAGAUGGAAUGA